GAAAGUGGGACAAGGUGUGUCUUCAGUUUGUGUUAGUGUGUUAAACUUACCGGUUAACAUAACGGCCCCGUCAGCCUCCAAAUUUAUAUUCAAAGCACCAGGUAGUUGUUUUAAACUAUCCAUGGAGCAGGAAUCACAGGAAACCACGUCUACAGGAAGCGCGGAACCUGUAAACACGACGUCGGACGUAUUGUCGCCGAGUUCAACGUUAACGAACGAUUUGUCGUCGUUCGUUAACGUUGAACUCGACAUGGAAAACAACAACGGAGUUUCUGCAGAAAAACAUGCGUCCACCAUAACUCAAGCUCUGUUUCAGAAUGAUGAUGAGGAUGAAGAUGAGAGUGACAAUGAUGACAGUGGUACAGACAACUUUAACACGGAAAAGUCAGGCACUCAGCUGCAGAGAUGUGAGCAUCAUGGAGAAGUGGCUUCAAGUCUUCCUGACACCUUUCAGACCAGCCACCUACUGUUCUAUGAGAGGUUUAAGGCGUAUCAGGACUACAUGCUUGGAGACUGUAAACCCUCUGAGGUGAAGGCCUUUACAGCAGACUACCUGGAGAAGGUUGUGGAACCGUGUGAUUGGCUGGCUCUGUGGUCCACUGAUGUCUUUGAUAUUCUAGUGGAGGUGUGUGAUGUGGACCUCAAAGAUCUGAAGGCAUGUGUGAGGCUGGUGCUGCCUCUGCAAUGUGACACCAGAGGCUGUGAACUCACUGAGGAGACCAUGAAGUCUCUGCUGGAGGCCACCCAGCACAAAGUCCCACUGCAGGAACUACAGCUGGUCUAUGAAGAGUCUGGGGACUUUGAUCAGACGGCCCUCGCUCUGGAGCACCUCAGGUUUUUCUAUAAGCAUAUCUGGAGGCAGUGGGAUGAGGAAGAUGAAGAUGAUGACUUUGACUACUUUGUUCGUUGUGUCGAGCCUCGUCUCAGGCUCUACUACGACAUCUUAGAGGACAGAGUCCCAGCAGGCCUGGUGGCAGAGUACCAGUCUUUAUUGGAGAAAUGCUCCCACUGCUUCCAGCAGUUCUCUGCACUGCGCAGCAGCCUCAGUCCUGACUCAGACUCUGAGCUGGACAACGUGUCAAUGGUGGAGGGUCUGAAGCUCUACGACCAGCUGGAGGCAUUCAAGCGCAAACUGCACAUCAUUGAGAACCCCCUGUUGAGGUAUGUACUGGGCUACAAAGGCAAUGCCAGGCAGCAGGAUGUGCAAAGUCGUGGGCCCAGAGCAUCAGGUAUGAAGGUGGUCCAUGUGGUCACAGCCUCCUGCAGCACUGCACAGCUCCAGUCCCUCCUCAGUGCCAGACUGCUGCCUUUGUGCCCCUGUGGGGAUACUGAGAUCCAGUUCCACAGAGAGCCAGUAUCAGCGGUGGAUUCGUGCCAUCAGGGAGACUUGGUCAUUGUUCUCCCAGGGGUCUACAGUGUAAAGAGCUCCAUCUUCAUACCAGACUCCAUCACUAUAGAAGGCUUUGGGUUUCCUGAUGACGUGGUGAUUGAGAAGAAAAACAAAGGCGACUCAUUUGUGGAAUCCACAGGAGCUGAUGUUAGACUGUCCAAUAUCAAGUUCAUCCAACAUGAUGCUAUAGAGGGCAUUCUGUGUGUCCGUCAGGGGACUUUGAACAUGGAGAACUGUGUGUUGCAGUGCGAGACCACCGGAGUUAUCGUCCGAACAUCGGCCCAUCUCAACAUGAGCAUGUGUGACCUAUAUGGAUCCAAAGGGGCAGGUGUGGAGAUUUACCCCGGCAGUGUUUGCAAUCUGGUUUCUAAUGGAAUCCAUCACUGUAAGGACGGGAUCCUCAUCAAGGACUUUGCUGAUGAGCUGGCUGUGAUGCCAUCUAUCACCAUGGAAAACAAUGUGAUCCACAACAAUGAGGGCUAUGGAGUGAUUCUAGUGAAGCCCAACAGUGAGGAUCAACACAGAGUUCCUGUGGACAGGAGUGAGGGAGACCCUGCAACAGACCCUGCUGGACAGACGGCUGAAGAUGGACAGCUGGGAGGAGUUUCAGAUCCUCUUGUCUCUGUGCCAUCAUUGGCAAGCCCGCCCUCCAGCAGCUCAGCAGCUGUUCAGCCCGAGUCCACAGAGACCAAUGGCACAGAUAGUGACAUGGCCUCCACCUUGGGCAGGAAGUGGCACUUUAGUCGUCAGCUGAGCAGAAACAAGGAGACGUCCUGCAGCCGAGCCGUUGAGGAUCUGAUGGACCACCAGAUCUUUGUCUCCAUUCAGGGAAAUCAGUUCAAACGCAACGGCAUGGGUGACUUUGGCACCUUUUUCUACUGACAAACACCUUCAACAUGAUGAACUGACACUUCUUUUAACAUCAUUGAGUGUUUCUCAGCAAUAAUUAUUUGAUCACAUCUUCGUAUUUUAGCUGGUCACUGUUGUUGGUCAUCAAAUAACUUUUCCUGCUUCACGCUGUUCAGAGAUGAUAACACGGCAUGUGUAGGUUUCCGCAUGCUGACCUUUAGUACAAUGCAGGUACAGCAACAGUGGUUAGAUCCACAUGUAGAUUUUAUCUUAUUUAUAUCUCUGGGCUCCUGACUCUAAAUGUUUUAAAUUUUUAAAUUCUUUAUUGUUUCGGAAUCCACUCAUCACUUUGAAUGGAAUUUUGGUGGUUUGACUUCAGACCUAAUAAAUGUGGUGGUUUGUUGAAAACUGAGCACUGAUGUUCACAGUUGAUCAUGAGUUAGAGGUGUUUUUUUUUUUUUUUUAAGGUUUGAUUAUGUGUAUUAUGGUUGAAGGAAGUCUUGAGGUUUACAUGCUCUGAAUGUAGAAACCUUUUCUGUUCAGGUGGACUGAGGUUACAGUCAUGGGUUUAAACUGCUUCUUGUGGAAACUGAACACAGCAAAUUUCCUGCAGAUUAAAACGUGUCUGUUGAAACCUCAGUAAAUGUUGGUGCCGUAUAAUUGACACUAUACUGUGUGUGUUGUCACCUGGCUCGACUGACCUCAGAACACAUUCACCGUGGCCCAGUCUUUAAUGCUUGGAACCCUUAUGUGCACUGUUUAGAACAUCUCAUGUCUUAAAUCAUUUUUUUUUAAGUCAUUAAUGACUCAUGACUUUGCUUGGACUUCUGACUUAAUGUCCUCCACAAACCCAAAUAUUAAAAAUAAUC